CAUGAGUCUUCUUCUCCUUCGAGUUUGCCCAUCGCUUCUCUGAAGAUCCAAUGGAUUCAACGAACCUCUCCGCCCUCCCCGAGGACGCCGCCGACGAAGACCCACAGAGCCUCCCUUCAGCCUUCUCGCCGGCGUCCAUCCCUCCCCGCCCGGCGUCUCAGACUUCCAGUCAAAAGCAUUCACCCUUAGAAUGGUCAUCCUUUUUUGACAAAGAAGAAGAUGUUGCAAUUCCUUCUUCAAAUGAUGUAUUUCAUAUCUACUUAGCUGGAUCUGAAGGACCAGUUGUUUUCUGUCUUCAUGGAGGUGGUUAUUCAGGGCUAUCAUUUGCGCUGGCGGCAAGUAAGAUCAAAGAAAAGGCUCGGGUAGUAGCCAUGGACCUGAGAGGGCACGGGAAAUCAUCCACCAGUAAUGAUCUAGACUUGUCCAUUGAGACUUUAUCCAAUGAUGUUUUGGCUGUUCUGAAAGCGAUUUAUGGGGAUUCUCCACCUUCCAUUAUCCUUGUUGGCCACAGCAUGGGAGGCUCUGUGGCUAUACAUGCAGCUGCAAAGAGAGUGAUCACGAAUCUGCAAGGCCUUAUUGUUGUUGAUGUUGUAGAGGGAACAGCCAUGGCGUCAUUGAUCCAUAUGCAGAAAAUUCUAUCCAACAGAAUGCAAUAUUUCCCAACCAUAGAGAAGGCGAUUGAAUGGAGCGUCAAAGGUGGCUCAUUAAGAAAUGUGGACUCUGCUCGUGUAUCAGUUCCAUCAACGUUGAAAUAUGAUGAUUCAAAGAAAUGCUACACUUUCCGGAUCCCUCUAGAAGAAACAGAAGUAUACUGGAAGGGCUGGUAUGAAGGCCUUUCUGACAAAUUUUUGUCAUGCCCAGCACCGAAGCUUUUAAUGUUGGCUGGAACAGACAGAUUGGACAGAUCACUUACAAUUGGCCAGAUGCAAGGGAAGUUUCAACUAGUGGUUGUCCGCCAUACUGGACAUGCAAUUCAGGAAGAUGUCCCAGAGGAAUUUGCAUCAUAUGUAAUCAACUUCAUUUCACGCAACCGAAUUGGAUCCUGUGGUGUUGAGAUACCAGGCCUCCUUCAUCGGUAAAAAAGCAGCAAAAGAGUAACAAUUUUCAAGCACUCUAAAGCAAUGAUGCUAACAAAAUCAGAAACUGAGAAGAAGUGAGGGACAAUUUGCUGUUCAUUGAAUCCUGUUUUGUAUAGUGAGCAUGUUUUGUUCCAAAGUUUUUAGCCCCACAAAUGCAAACUGCUUACAAACCAAGGACAUGCCUAGCUUGUGGCCUGUGCAUUAGAAAACCAUAAAUUGUCCAUGUAUUUGAACAGGUGAUGCAUUUCAAUCUUGUCUUCUUUUUUUUUUUUU